GGCGGCGGGGCCGGGAGCCGGCCGGGAGCGCGGGCGCCCAUGGAGGGGGCGGGCGGGGCCGCGCCGGUUUACUGUCGCUACCGGGAUGGAUGACUUAAACCUGCACUACAGGUUCCUGAACUGGAGGCGGCGGAUCCGGGAGAUCCGCGAGGUGCGAGCCGUCCGCUACCAGGAGAGGUUCAAGCACAUCCUCGUGGACGGGGACACCCUCAGUUACCAUGGGAACUCGGGCGAAGUCGGCUGCUACGUUGCUCCGCGGCCCCUGACCAGAGACAACAACUACUUCGAGGUGUCCAUCGUGGACAGCGGCGUGCGUGGGACCAUUGCCGUGGGCCUCGUGCCCCAGUACUACAGCCUGGACCACCAGCCGGGCUGGCUGCCUGACUCCGUGGCGUACCAUGCGGAUGACGGGAAGCUCUACAGCGGCCGAGCCAAGGGCCGGCAGUUUGGCACCAAGUGCAGCUCCGGGGACCGCAUUGGCUGCGGCAUCGAGCUGGUCUCCUUCGAAGUGCAGACGGCCCAGAUCUUCUUCACGAAGAACGGGAAGAGGGUGGGCUCUACCAUAAUGCCGCUGUCCCCCGACGGGCUCUUCCCGGCCGUGGGCAUGCACUCGCUGGGCGAGGAGGUCCGGCUCCACCUCCACGCGGAGCUGGGCACCGAGGAAGACGACAGCAUCAUGAUGGUGGACAGCUACGAGGACGAGUGGGGGCGGCUGCACGAUGUGAAGGUGUGCGGCACGCUCCUGGAGUACGUGGGCAAGGGCAAGAGCAUCAUCGACGUGGGGCUGGCCCAAGCCCGGCACCCGCUCAGCACCCGCAGCCACUACUUUGAGGUGGAGAUCAUCGACCCCGGCGAGAAGUGCUACAUCGCCCUGGGCCUGGCCCGCAAGGACUACCCAAAAAACCGGCACCCCGGCUGGAGCAGGGGCUCGGUGGCCUACCACGCAGACGACGGGAAGAUCUUCCACGGCAGCGGCGUGGGCGACCCGUUCGGGCCCCGCUGCUACAAGGGCGACAUCAUGGGCUGCGGCAUCAUGUUCCCGCGCGACUACAUCCUCGACAGCGAAGGUGACAGCGACGACACCUGCGACACGGCCGACGUGAGAGCCAAGCCCCGCGGCGUCCGGAACGUCAUGUACCUGCACCAGGAGGAGGAGGAGGAGGAGGAAGAGGAGGAGGAGGAAUACGACGGCGAGGACAUGGAGCAGGAGCACGAAGGCAAGAAGGUGGUGGUGUUCUUCACCCGCAACGGGAAGAUCAUCGGCAAGAAGGACGCGGUGGUGCCCGCCGGCGGGUACUUCCCCACCGUGGGCAUGCUGAGCAGCGGCGAGAAGGUCAAGGUGGACUUGCACCCGCUCAGCGGCUAGGCCCGGGGCGGGGGGGGGGGGGGGGGGAGCCGGGGGGGGCACUGGUGAAGCAGGUGCCCCACGGCCCUGCCUGCUCCCACCCCCACCCUCCGGUGCCGCCCCCCUUCCCGCCACCCCCCACGCACUUUAACGCCUCUGCCCCGUGGCCCCUGGCGUUGGGGCACCCCCCCCCCCACUUGUCCCCCUGUGUUAUUGCAGGGGGGGGUCCCUAAUCCCCCCCCCCACCCUGGGCCCCUUGCUGCCCCCCUGGUGCCCCUUUGGAAGGGCUUG